CAAAUAUUUAGGCAGGCCUUACCCCGCCCCUUCUCGCUCCUUCGAACAUCUGUACAGAAAUCAUUGACCCAUCGAAGAGAAAAUGUCUUGCGAAGCGUGCAAAACAAUCCCACCUGUUAUCCCUCAGGGAUACACCCCUAAGGGCAAAUGGGAAACCAUCGCAGAUCUGAAGACUUACGUCACCGGCUCGACAGACGCGUCGAUCGGCAUCGUCGACAUUUACGACAUCUUCGGACUCGCCAGCCAAACCAUCCAAGGAGCCGACCUCCUCGCAGCAAGACUCAACGCUGUCGUCCUAGUCCCCGAUUUCUUCAAAGGCGAGGCUGCCAAACAUGAAUGGCUUCCCGCCGACACGGAGGAGAAACAAAAGCUUUUGAUGGGUUUUGUCUCUACAGCUGCGUCGAUCCCAAACAAUGUGGGGGUUCUUUUGGAGGCGAUCAAAGAAUACCAGACCAAGUUCCCGACUGUCAAGAAAUGGGGUGCUCUUGGUUUGUGCUGGGGUGGAAAGGUUACUGUUCUUUCCUCCGGACCUAACACACCAUUUGCGGUGUCUGCUCAAGUUCACCCAGGACGCAUGGAAGCCGCCGACGCCGAAAAGCUGACCAUCCCUCACAUCGUCCUCGCCUCGAAAGACGAACCUGCAGAGGCAGUACAAGGCUACAAGGAUAUCAUCGGCAAGAAUGGAAUUGGCGGGGUUAUCGAGACGUACGACAAGAUGUGGCACGGCUGGAUGGGAGCUCGCGCCAACCUGGAUGGCGAGGAAAGUCUUGCGGAGUAUAUCCGAGGAUACGCUCAAAUUGCCGACUACUUCGAGAAGUACCUCAAUUAGAUCAGGCGCUGGCAAUUGGUAGAGUACAUAGAUUGACGAUCAUGAUUACAUAAAUAUACAAGAUAGAAUGGAACUUCUUUCUCUGUCAACUUGGAACAAUCCUUGAACGCAUCUCCAGAAAAAUUAACCCCUUCCCUGUCCAAUCCGGAGUUAAUACCUCGGUAUCCGGACCUUCUUCCUACC